AUGGCCUCCGCCAAUGCUCUGCUCUUGCUCUUCUCGGCCGCCUUCUGCCUCCUCGCCCGGCGGGCCGCCGGCGACUACGGCUCGUGGCAGAGCGCCCACGCCACCUUCUAUGGCGGCGGCGACGCGUCCGGCACAAUGGGCGGCGCGUGCGGCUACGGGAACCUGUACAGCACGGGGUACGGCACGAACACGGCGGCGCUGAGCACGGCGCUGUUCAACGACGGCGCGGCGUGCGGGUCGUGCUACGAGCUCAAGUGCCAGGACGUGAGCAGCUCCUGCCUGCCGGGCAGCAUCACCAUCACCGCCACCAACCUGUGCCCGCCCAACUACGCGCUGCCCAACGACGACGGCGGCUGGUGCAACCCGCCGCGCGCCCACUUCGACAUGGCCGAGCCGGCCUACCUCCAGAUCGGAAUCUACCGCGCCGGCAUCGUGGCCGUCGCCUACAGGAGGGUGCCGUGUGUGAAGAAGGGUGGGAUGAGGUUCACCAUCAACGGCCACUCUUACUUCAACCUGGUGCUGGUGACCAACGUGGCCGGCGCCGGCGACGUGCAGUCCGUGGCCAUCAAGGGGUCCAGCACCGGGUGGCAGGCCAUGGCCCGCAACUGGGGCCAGAACUGGCAGAGCAACGCGGACCUCGACGGCCAGAGCCUCUCCUUCCGGGCCACCCUCAGCGACGGCCGCACCGUCACCAGCAACAACGCCGCCCCCGCCGGCUGGUCCUUCGGCCAGACCUUCGAAGGAGCCCAGUUCUAG